GUUCCUCCCAGCAGCCUCAGCUCUGAGAGAAAGCCUUUUCUCCUCACAGCAGCAGCGGAGAUUUCCUCACUGCACACGCCGGAUGUGCAUUACAUUGAAAAAAAAGACAUUCACUCACGACUGAAAACGGCGAGAGAAAGACGGACACGUCCCUUGGUCGUGUAACCCUCCACGUUAUUUCCGUUCAGGCCGUUGUUUCCCCCCCCCCCCUAAUUUUAUGUUCAAAAUCUGACAUUUUCUUCACACGAAUUGUCGGUCUCUCUGUGGCGCACUCGGGUUUGGCUGAGCUGACAUGGUAGAUUAUCACGCGUCUAAUAACCAAUCGUCGACCGGACACAUGGAGCAAGAGAACGACUGGGACCGGGACCUUCUGCUGGACCCGGCCUGGGAGAAGCAGCAGAGGAAGACGUUCACGGCGUGGUGCAACUCUCACCUGAGGAAGUCUGGCACGCAGAUUGAGAACAUCGAGGAGGACUUCAGGGAUGGGCUAAAACUCAUGCUGCUGCUGGAGGUCAUUGCAGGCGAACGGUUACCCAAACCUGAGCGAGGCAAGAUGAGGGUGCACAAGAUCAACAACGUUAACAAAGCCCUGGACUUCAUCGCCAGCAAAGGAGUCAAGCUGGUCUCUAUUGGAGCUGAGGAAAUUGUAGACGGAAAUGCCAAGAUGACCCUGGGAAUGAUCUGGACCAUCAUCCUCCGCUUCGCCAUCCAGGACAUCUCUGUAGAGGAGACUUCUGCAAAGGAGGGUCUUCUCCUGUGGUGCCAGAGGAAGACCGCUCCUUACAAGAAUGUUAACGUGCAGAACUUCCACAUGAGCUGGAAGGAUGGUCUCGCCUUCAACGCUCUGAUCCACAGACACAGACCAGAUCUCAUUGAUUAUGACAGCCUCAGAAAGGACGACCCAGUGACCAAUCUGAACAACGCCUUUGAAGUGGCCGAGAAGCACCUGGACAUCCCCAAGAUGUUGGACGCAGAAGACAUCGUGGGUACGCUGAGGCCGGACGAGAAGGCCAUAAUGACCUAUGUAUCCUGCUUCUAUCACGCCUUCUCUGGCGCGCAGAAGGCCGAGACCGCCGCCAAUCGCAUCUGCAAGGUGCUGGCUGUUAACCAGGAGAACGAGCAGAUGAUGGAGGACUAUGAGAAGCUGGCCAGCGAGCUGCUGGAGUGGAUCCGUCGCACCAUCCCCUGGCUGGAGAACCGAACCCAGGAGAAGACCGUGAACGACAUGCAGGCCAAGCAGGAAGACUUCAGAGACUACCGCUGUGUCCACAAACCCCCCAAGGUCCAAGAGAAGUGCCAGCUGGAGAUCAGCUUCAACACUCUGCAAACCAAACUGAGACUCAGCAACAGACCUGCCUUCAUGCCGUCAGAGGGGCGCAUGGUGUCUGAUAUCAACGGAGCUUGGCACACUCUGGAGGGAGCGGAGAAGGGCUACGAGGAGUGGAUCCUCAGCGAGAUCCGCCGUCUGGAGAGACUGGAGCACCUGGCUGAGAAGUUUCACCAGAAGGCCGCCAUCCACGAAUCCUGGACAGACGGUAAGGAGGCCAUGCUGACUCAGAAAGACUACGAGACCUCCACCCUGUCAGAGGUCAAGGCGUUGCUACGGAAACACGAGGCCUUUGAGAGCGACCUGGCAGCCCACCAGGACCGAGUGGAGCAGAUCGCAGCCAUUGCACAGGAACUCAACGAGCUGGACUAUUACGACUCAGCCAGCGUCAACGCUCGCUGUCAGAAGAUCUGCGACCAGUGGGACACCCUGGGGGCCUUUACCCAUGGGCGCAAGGAGUCAUUGGAGCGGACAGAGAAGCAGCUGGAGUCGAUCGACGAACUCUACCUGGAGUACGCUAAGAGAGCAGCACCCUUCAACAACUGGAUGGAGGGAGCGAUGGAGGACCUGCAGGACAUGUUCAUCGUCCACAAUAUUGAGGAGAUCCAGGGCCUCAUCACAGCCCACGAGCAGUUCAAGUCCACCCUGGCCGAGGCAAACAAGGAGCGUGAGGCCAUCCAGGCAAUCCAGGCCGAGGUGCAGAAGAUUGCCCAAAGCAACGGCAUCAAGCUGAGCGGAGCCAACCCCUACACCACCAUCACACCUAAGAGCAUUGACAGCAAGUGGGAAAAAGCGAUGGACAUGGUGCCGCUGCGAGACACUGCCCUGCAGGGCGAGCUCAACAAGCAGAACUCCAACGACUCCCUGAGAGCCAAGUUCGCUACUCAGGCCAACACGGUCGGCGCCUACAUUAAGGCCAAAAUGGAGGAAAUCGGCAGGAUAUCCAUUGAGAUGAACGGCACCCUGGAGGACCAGCUGACCAGCCUUAAGGAGUACCAGAAGACCAUCAUGUCCUACAUGCCCGAGAUCAACACGCUGGAGGGGUACCACCAGCUCAUCCAGGAGGCCCUCAUCUUCGACAACCAGUACACCUCCUACACGAUGGAGCAUCUUCGCGUGGGCUGGGAGCAGCUGCUGACCACCAUCGCCAGAACCAUCAACGAGGUGGAAAACCAGAUCCUGACUCGCGACGCCAAAGGAAUCAGCCAGGAGCAGCUCUACGAGUACCGCGCCUCCUUCAACCACUUUGACAAGGACCACAGCGGCGCGCUGAUGGCCGAGGAGUUCAAGGCCUGCUUGAUCAGUCUUGGCUACGACGUGGAGAACGACAAGCAGAAGCGAUCGGGACAGAUGGUCUCAGAGGACUUCCGAGCUCUACUCAUUUCAACCGGAAACAGCCUGGGAGAGAGCGAGUUUGCACGCAUCAUGAGCAUAGUGGACCCCAACGGCAGCGGUGCUGUGACCUUCCAGGCCUUCAUUGACUUUAUGUCCAGGGAAACGACUGACACAGACACUGCGGACCAGGUCAUCGCCUCCUUCAAGAUCCUGGCUGCUGAUAAGACUUUCAUCACGGCUGAGGAGCUGAGGAGGGAGCUCCCCCCCGACCAGGCAGAGUACUGCAUCGCCCGCAUGGCGCCUUACGUGGGGGCCGACGCCGUCCCCGGCGCCCUGGACUACAUGUCCUUCUCCACCGCCCUGUACGGAGAGAGCGACCUGUAGAGCAGCAGGAGGGCAGGACAGAGGAGGGAGGGAGAUAGUCAUUCUGUGCAUAGAGGAGACGCCCAGGAAUCGAGCAUCGGGAAUGAAUUGGAGUGGUGGUUGUGAGGUGCCCCUGCGUGUGCGGGGUUAGAAAUCUUCAGAAUUUUUUUUUUUUUUUUAAAGAACGUUGAUACUUGUUGAUUGAACUGUAGAUAGGUUUGGCCUCUGUCGAAUGUUUUUCCCGGCCUCUGUAAACUGAUGGAGAGUAAUCUGUGGUUGAACAAGGUUGAUAAGAACGGGCAUAUCCAGGGGCGGCUGGGGGAGGGGCAGUUGCUGUGUGUUGCGGGUCCUUUAGCUUCACCGCCUCUGCCUUUUUGUGGGAUCAGACUGGGAAUGGAAAGGGGGCACGAGCUAAUCUGAUACUUAUGCUAAUUGUCUUUUUUAUUUUACUAUCAUUUCUUUCUUCUUGCGAGGUGGGUUCUGGGCAUGGGGCGGGCAUGGUUUGUGUAUUAGAUCCUAGAGAUAAAUGCUGUGGGAGAGGGUUGGGGGGGGUGUUGACCACAUAUAAAUGGACAAAGAACCCAUUUACCCAUAAUUCCCAUGUUGCCGGUGACAUGUCUAACCUCAGCUUUUUUUUUUCUUUUCCCACCCUCCACCCGUCAUUGGUUUUCUUUUUGUGUGUUUCCCCCAGCUGCAGGUAGGCGGUGUUCGGGUGGGGAUGGUGGUCGGGUGUGGGUGCAAGGGCCCGGAGGGGCUCAGCGCUGUACAUAUUUUUUUUAGUGCAGAGAGAGGCACAAACGGUCCCAGUUAUCCAGAGUAACUGAUCGCAGGCUUACCAGUAGUGGGGGUGGGGCAAAGCAGAGGGACAUUUAUUAUAAAUUAAAAAUAAAAUAAAAAUGAAAUGACAAACUAAAGCAAUUUACAAUUUUUUUUUAAAGCCAAUGACACAACGCAGAGAGAGCAGUUUCAUCAGUGGAUAGGUUUGAGCUUCCAGAAGUCUCAACUUCAGGGUUUAUUUCCUUUAUUUCUUUUGCAAUGGAAAAAGUUGGUCGCCGUGACGUUUAAGGCUUGUAUACCUAAAGGCCUUCUACAGUAAAAGUCAUGAAGGGCAAACCACCAUCGCUAUCCACAAAUAUUUGCUUCUGUGAAACUUUUCUCCUCGGGUGGGUUAGGGUGCUUAUUUAAAUACACAAAGAAUAUACAUUUAAAUGAUAGGUAGGAUGGUAUAAGUCGGGCCAGUUUUAUAUACCAGAAACGAGACACACACACACACACACACAUGUCAUGGAUGCAUCCGAUUGGCUGAAUGAAGGGUUCUUUACACUUCGUGGAUUGUUUUUUUCUUUCUUAGAGCUGCCGUAGUGGAACUCUGUCAUGGGAAAAUUGGAAAAAUGGUGGAUGAAAUUAAUUAAAUGUGCCUAUUGAUGUGCCCCCGUCUCUCUCUCUCCCAUGUUCUCCCCAUCGUACACACACUCAUUUGUCCCUAAAGAAAAGGGAAAGAAAAUGUACUGCAAGUCAGGAGGAAAGGGGAACGAUCAGGGAGGGGUCUUUAUGUAAACAUUCCAUUAUGUGCAAAUAAAAUAUUCUAAAAAAGGUUCUUUAAAAAAAUAAAAAAAGCUAUGCAAUUAUGUGUUGGAUAUCUGAGUUCUAGGGGCAUCAAUUGGGCCAUUUUCUGAGGAAGUUCUCUGUCUAAAUUAUUGGCUGUUGUGGGGAGAGGAGGGACAGAUAGGAAAGCAACUGAGAAGGAAAGACAGACCAAAAGCUUGUUUUUUUUUUUUCUUUUUUUCCCCUGCUUCGAGGUGGGGAGGAAAAGAAAUUGAUUUUUUUUUUUUUCCUUUUUUUUGUACUCUUUAAUAUCAAACCUUCUCUGCUGUACUGGAAACUGCAAUGCCUUCUGUCUCUAAUGAUACGCAAGUUUCACAAAAGCACACAUAAAAGUUUCCUUACAAAAUA